AUGGAUGAAGACCUUCCUUACACAUUGUCCAACGUUGCUCAACUGGGUGGUCACGAAGACCGAGCUUGGCACAUAGCUUGGAAUCCCGCGAAAUCACUACUGGCUUCCUGCUCCGCCGACAAAUCCGUCAAAUUGUUCACUUAUAGCCAUGAUGGCGAGGGGACCUUAAACUUUACACUAGCUGCAAGCAUACCUACUGGACAUCUCAAAACGGUCAGAUCUGUAGCAUGGUCCCCUUCCGGUCGUACUUUGGCUACAGCUUCAUUCGACUCCAACAUCGGGAUAUGGGAGCAAGAGUUAGACGAUAAUGGUAACCCAGGCGAAUGGGAAUGUGCAAGCUUAUUAGAAGGCCAUGAAACCGAAUGUAAGAGCGUGGCGUACUCGAGUACAGGUACUUUGCUUGCUAGCUGUAGUCGAGAUAAAACGGUUUGGAUAUGGGAAGUACAACCGGAUUCGGAUUUUGAAUGUAUGGGAGUGCUCAUGGAGCACACUCAAGACGUCAAAUGCGUAGCAUGGCAUCCAACAGAAGAGAUUCUUGCUUCUGGAUCUUAUGACGAUACGAUCAAACUAUACGUUGAUGAUCCGCAGGAUGACUGGUUUUGCUGCGCCACCCUUACUGGGCACCAGUCAACCGUAUGGUCUUUGUCGUGGUCUCCGAAUGGCAAGUAUCUCGCCUCUGCUUCUGAUGACAAAACAGUGCGUCUCUGGAGGCGUAACGGCGAAUAUGAUUUCAAGUGUGUGCUAGUGCUGGAAGGCCAGGAGAGAAGUGUGUAUUCUGUCAGUUGGGGUGUAGGAAAGUCAAGCCAAGAAAAUGACUCUUCCCUCGGUUGGAUUGCUAGUGCUGGCGGAGAUGGUGUUGUCCGUGUGUGGGAUCUCUCUGAAAAUCCUUCCUCUACGGCAGACGUUCCAUUGGUCAAACUCAUUGCUCGUCUGCCUGCAGCGCAUGGAGUUUUUGAUAUCAACUCAGUGGUGUGGUGUCCGCGGAAGGGUUAUGAAGAUCUUCUAGCUACUUCUGGGGACGAUGGUAUGGUGAAGGUUUGGAGAAUACAAAGAACAUGA